AUGAGCGCACCAGUAGAAACUCUUUCAUUGGCCGACUCUUCGGAUGAUUUGGAAGAAAACCAUGGUGAGACCACGUCGUACAGCAUUGGAGAUUACUUGGGCAUCAAUGUUGCGGAAGGAGCGUUAGCAGUGAUGCCGCCACCAUCCGCUCCGACAAGAGAUGAAGAGCACAGGAGUGAUGGCCGAGAUUCAACAAUGUCACGACAUGGUUAUCUUCAAUCGCCCACUGAUGUUGCAAUACCAGUACCCGAGAAUGACGCACCAAAUUCGCAAACUCCAACCCAUGCUGGUACUGUUCCAUCGUGGAGUGUGGAGUGUAGCAGCAAUGCUACUCGGCAUACUCAGAAUGAUGAGGAAGAUGGCAUCAUAACUGCACAUGUGGAAUACGUUAAAUACAACGCACCAGCACCACCAGGUCGUGAUGGCUUUGGAGAUGAGGACGAGGAAAAGGACGAGAGAACUGACAGCAAGAGGAGAAUGUUCGGUGUUCUUUUUGUUACCUUGUGUGCUAUUGGAUUAGCCAUUGGUUGUGCAUUAAUAUUUUUCAAGUUUAGGUCGACUGGAGAGCUUUCAACAAGCAAGCAAAAUGCAAUUCCUCGGAGCAUCAAAGUACAAAACAGCUUGAAAGACUAUACUCCUCUCAAUGAAAAAGCAUUUGUUUGGCUCGCUAGUACCGACACUUGGGAACCGGACGAAGAAGAUCCAAAUGGUGACUAUCUAUGGUUGGAGCGGUAUUCGAUGGCUGUGUUGUAUUUCUCCAACAAUGGGCAGAAUUGGUCCCAAAACGAUAAGUGGCUGUCGUCACAGCCCGUCUGUAGCUGGUACUCUGGAACAGCGAAUGAAUGCCCGGGACCCAUAAAGAGUCUGAGUCUACCUUCCAACAGACUGACAGGUAGCAUCCCAUCGAUGAUUGGCAACUUGAGCCAAUUGACUCACCUUGAAUUGGAGGACAAUGGGCUAACAGGAAGUAUUCCAAUCUCGAUUGGCAACUUGCGCCAAUUGGCUCACCUUGAAUUGGAUGACAAUAGCUUAACAGGGAGCAUUCCAGUUUCGAUUGGCAACUUGAGACAGUUGACUCACCUUGAAUUGGAUGCCAAUGAAUUGACAGGAAGUAUUCCAAUUUCGAUCGGCAACUUGAGACAGUUGACGACGCUGCGCUUGUGGUACUGCCAUCUACACGGAACCAUCCCCUCUCAGAUUGGCAACUUGACCCGAUUGAAAGUUGUGCAAUUGGAUGGGAAUUAUUUUACAGGAACCCUGCCCUCAUCAAUUGGCAACUUGAGGCAGUUGACUGAACUUCGAAUAGGGAAGGAUAGUCAAUUGAGAGGAAGUCUACCAUCUGAGAUUGGCAAUUUGAGCUUAUUGACUGCUAUGCAAUUUGAUGGGAAUAAAUUGACAGGAAGCCUCCCCUCCGAAAUUGGCAACUUGAGGCAAUUGACUGGACUGUGGUUGUGGUACUGCCAAUUAGACGGAACUAUCCCCUCUGAGAUUGGAAACUUGACCCGGUUGAAUGUUGUGCUAUUGGAUGGAAAUAAUUUUAGUGGAACCCUGCCCUCUUCGAUUGGAAGCUUGAGGCAGUUGACGAAGCUAAAGUUGGCCGAUAAUUCAUUGAGCGGAAAUAUCCCAACCUCGAUUAAAAGCCUGACCAAGUUGGUGUCUCUGGACUUGGGCAAAAAUCGACUGACAGGAUCAGUGCCUCCCCUUCCCAGCUCACUCGAUACUUGCUCACUAUCUCGCAAUUGUUUCCGAAAUGUUGCCAAUUCAAGGGACGCUGGAUGCAGCCAUACCAACGAGUGUAAUAACAACCGGCUAUAUUAG